CUAAAGUAAAAAUAAGGAAACAAUUCUUCAUCAUAUAAAGCAACCAACAAGUGAUAGAUUAGCCAACGUGGUGGGUCCAAAUUACAUGAGAGGAGAACCACCCAUGUGUGGCAGCUUUUCUUCACCUAUAGAACCCCUCCAUUGUCCCCCACAAGUGACCGACGCUCCACCGCCUCCGACUUCCACACCCUGGCGAGAAUUGUCCCAUCUUAUAACUUACUCUUAUCUUAUAACUUUGUUCUUCUGCUUUGUUCAUGAUUUAAUUUCCAACAAAAUAAAGAUUUUUCUUUAUAAUCCAUACUAUUUUGAGUCCAUUAAAACAAUAUGCAGAACGCUUGAAUGGAAAGCGAACUUCAAACCCAGUUGGUUGGAAGUGAGACACUCUCACUUCCUCAAGUAACAUGGCAGCGGAAGUUGAACAGCAAAGUAAAGAACCCUUCUGAGUUCAAGAUGAGUACAAGCGAUUUUCUUCACCUGUUUCCAAUAGGCUAUAGAUUGUGGCGUCACACUAAACAAGAGGCAGCAAAAGGAAAAGUAUCCAUUUACGAUAUCUUCAAAAAGAAGAAUGUAAAAGGCAACCAUGGUGUCCCUUUAGGUGGAGUUGGUGCAGGAAGCAUCGGAAGGAGUUACAAAGGUGAGUUUCAGCAGUUCAAGCUCUUCCCUAAAGUUUGUGAAGAAGCUCCAAUCCUCACAAAUCAGUUCUCUGUUUUUGUUUCGAGACCCGGUGGUGUAAAUUACUCAACUGUUCUAUGCGCAACAAGUCCAGAGUCUGCAAAUGGUAGAACAGAAGAUUUAGGAAUAGAGUCAUGGGAUUGGAAGAUAAAGGGGGACAAAUCUACGUAUCAUGCUCUGUAUCCUAGGUCUUGGACUGUCUUCAACGAGCCUGACCCUAAACUCAGAAUAGUUUCUCGUCAAGUCUCUCCCUUUAUACCGAAUAACUACAAGGAAAGCAGUUUUCCAGUAUCCGUUUUCGCUUUUACGGCGACUAAUCUUGGAAAAGAAGAAGCAACGGUUACUUUGCUCUUUACAUGGGAGGUGACUAAUUUCAAACCAAAAAAGAGACAUAUAUUGUUCAUAUCUUUAAACAUUCGUGCCAAUUUUUGUCUCUGUAUAAAUUUAGAACUCAGUGGGAGGAGCUUCUGGGUUUACUGGAGAACACUUCAACUCAUCAAUAAUGGAAAGAGAUGGAGUACAUGCAAUAGCUUUACAUCACAAUCGGUAUGUUUAUUAACUUACAGAACAGCCAAUGGACACCCACCAGUUACUUACGCCAUUGCAGCGCAAGAAACAGACGAUGUUAGUGUCUCUGAGUGUCCAUGCUUCUUGGUUUCUGGUUAUUCUCCUAAUGAAAUCACACCAAGAGCUAUGUGGGAUGAGAUCAAAAAGAACAAAUCAUUCGACCAAUUGCCUUGUGAGCCAGGCUCACCUUCGAGACCUGGAACAGCCAUUGGAGCAGCCAUAGCUGCUAAAGUGAAGGUCCCUCCAGGUUGUGACCGUACAGUCACGUUUUCUCUCUCAUGGGACUGUCCUGAAGUGCGGUUUAAUGAGAGGACUUACCACAGACGAUACACAAGAUUCUAUGGCUCUUUAGGCGACGCAGCAGUGAAUAUGGCUCGUGACGCUCUUCUUAAUUAUGGUAAUUGGGAGUCUCAGAUUGAAGAAUGGCAAAACACUAUUCUUUUAGACACUUCACUCCCUGAUUGGUAUAGAGUCACUCUAUUCAACGAACUAUACUAUUUCAACUCUGGAGGAGCUAUCUGGACAGAUGGCUUGCCCUACAAGCAAACUACAGAAAGAAGCACUGAACAGAACAGUAAUGAUACAGACAUCCUCCAGAAAAUCAAUGCGGUUUGUGAUCAGGUUCACCACUCUCCUCAGUCUCAAAACGCGGAAGAGAACAUUGGACAAUUCUUAUACCUCGAAGGAAUUGAGUAUCUAAUGUACAACACUUACGACGUUCACUUCUACUCUUCCUUUCCACUUCUCAUUCUCUUCUCUAAGCUCGAACUCAGCAUCCAGAGAGACUUUGCAGCAGCGGUUAUGUUCCAAGAUCCCACCAAGAAAGAGAUCAUGAGCUCCGGCGAGUUGGUUCCAAGAAAACUGCUAGGAUCGGUUCCUCACGACAUCGGUCUAAACAAUCCUUGGCUUGAACUAAACGCGUAUAACUUGUUCAACACGGAUCGUUGGAAAGACUUGAACGCCAAGUUUGUUCUUCAAGUCUACAGAGACGUGGUUGCAACCGGAGAUUAUAGCUUCGCAAGAGCGGUUUGGCCAUCUGUUUACCUAGCGGUGGCUUAUUUGGAUCAGUUCGAUAAGGACGAGGACGGUAUGAUUGAGAACGAAGGGUUACCGGACCAGACAUACGACACGUGGAGUGUUACAGGCGUUAGUGCUUAUUGCGGCGGUCUUUAUGUCGCUGCUCUUCAAGCUGCGUCUGCGUUUGCUACUAUUGUUGGGGAAAACGCUGUCGCGUUUUACUUCAACGCAAAGUAUGAAAAGGCGAAAACCGUUUACGAGAAGCUGUGGAACGGUUCUUACUUCGAUUAUGAUAACAGCGGUAGCGACUCGAGCUCCUCGAUUCUUGCUGAUCAGUUGGCUGGACAAUGGUACGCGAGAGCGUGCGGACUGAAGCCAAUAACGAAAGAAGAGUGGAUAAAGAAAGCACUCGAGACGAUCCAUGAGUUUAAUGUGAUGAAGGUAAGAGGAGGGACACGUGGCGCUGUGAAUGGGAUGUCUCCGGAUGGACAAGUGGACACGAACUCGCUGGUUUCGAAAGAGGUUUGGGCUGGGACCACUUACUCUGUUGCAGCUUGUAUGAUUCAAGAAGGACAAAGAGAGAAAGGGUUUCAGACAGCAAGUGGAAUCUAUGAGGCUGUUUGGUCUGAUCGUGGUCUCAGUUGCUCUUUUCAGACACCAGAAGCGUGGAACAUGAAUGAUGAAUACAGGUCUCUCUGUUAUAUGAGACCUCUUGCUAUAUGGGCUAUGCAAUGGGCAUUGACACCAAUACAAACUUUUGGAGGAGAGAAGCAGAACUUGAUGGCGGGAGAUGAAGACGAAAGUGAUUUGUUGUUAAGACAGCACAAUGGGUUUAAAGAAGUGGCUCGUUAUGUGAAAAUAGCAAAGAGCACUGAACAUAGAAGCCUUCUCCAAGAAAAGUACGAGGCCAUCCUCACGACAUUUCACUUGUAGCUUAUAUUGAUUCUAAGUCUUGGAUGCAAAAUUUUUGCAUCAAAUAUUAUUAGCACUAGCGCAGUGUUAUAAAAUAUGCUAUACACUAGCCGGGCUAGGCGGCCACUUACCGUAUAGCAUACUGUAUAUACGGAAGGGUAUAUACCGAAACCACUUUCUUAUAUACAUAUAUACUAUAGUAUUGAUAA